UAGACUUGUGCGACAUACGUCAGCUUACUUUUAGUUUCUUGUGUAUUUUUUAUACAAUAAACAGGUAGGGGAAAUUCUUGCUCCCUAAUACAAUAUAGGACCUACAUUAUGUAGUUGCCAAAAUGCGUGAUACAGCUCUAUCUGUCCCUGGAGAGUAAAAGGCGUGAUGAUAUGCACGCACUAUGUAAUUUUUUUUGCAGUGAGAAUUAUUGAAUUGUUUUAUGAUUUGAAUUGUUGGAAGAAGUAUGCAUCGAAAUAUACGGCUAAAAAACCCUUUGUCGAACUUUGCCCUUUGGAGUUAAAGAAAUUUGGAGACAGAGACAAUCCAACUGCAGACCACACUCACCUACAGAAGAAGAAGAAGCCAUAGAAGUAGAACAGCAAUAAAUCGAACUUUAGAUGAUGGCAAUACAAGAUAAGCUAUUUAAAGAGAUGGAGCGCAAGAUAUAUGGCUACUACUUCAGACGAUGCAUCUCGUCAUGAUGAAGUCAACUCUGAACCAUUACCUUCCUUAGUGAUUUUCGGACCAAUGUGUACAGCAAGUUCGUGAAUUACCGAGCGCCCUCUACAAAUUCUACUGAAAAACACGAACAUCACGCCGCCUAUCUGAUGAGAGCGCGCCCACUGAAUGUCCCCUUAUAAAAGCCCCACACAACUCUAUGGACCUCAGAAGACGACCAGCUAUCGCCAGGAGUUCACCAAAUAGGAAAAUGAUUCGUGUGCGAGCUCACAUAAUUUAGAAAGAUGAGUUCAAAACUAACUGCCUCUGCUCUUCUUCUACUUAUUCUAUCAAUAGCCUUCGUCUACAGCAAAGAUGUUAAUAAAACUAAGUUAUUUAAUAAAAAACAUACCAAUUUAAAACCAACCAACCAUGACCGCACGAAAAGGUCUUCAAAUGGUAAUGAAGCUAGCACUGUUUGGUUAAAUAAAGGGCUUCAAAUUGUUCCUGAAAGCUCUGGAUACAACGGCAAUAUACAGGAUAAGAUAACUUCAAAUUUAAAUACUUUCAGACAACUAGACAUUGAGCCGUUCUGGGCGACUCGUGGGAGACGAGAUAGUUCGUCCACAGAGGAUUAUAAUGAUUCUGAAUAUUCUGGUACUGUAAAUAAGCUAAGUGCUGUGGUCUGUAACGGUUGUCCUACACCAUCACAUUUAAAUUACCGAAAUGUCAAGAUCAGCAGAGAUGAAUAUUCACCAUUUUGGGGUAAUCGUGGCAGAAGAGGCUCCUAUGAAAACAAUGACCCAGCUGAGGUGUUCUGGGGCAGUCGCGGGAGAAGAGAAGACAAUGAACCCUUCUGGGGAAACCGAGGUCGUAGGAAAGACGAUCCGCCAUUCUGGGGUAAUAGAGGUAGACGAGAAGAGGAACCUUUUUGGGGUAACAGAGGGAGGCGGCAAAGUGCGGCAUGGAGUCACAAUAGCAGAUAUGAAGAUGAGCCCUUUUGGGGUAACCGCGGGCGACGGGAGGAUCCCGAGCCAUUCUGGGGCAAUCGUGGUAGAAGAGAAGACACGGAACCCUUUUGGGGUAACAGAGGACGGAGAGAAGAUUCCGAACCAUUUUGGGGUAAUCGAGGCAGGAGAAAAGAUGCCGAACCGUUUUGGGGUACCCGCGGUCGACGAAAAGAAGAUUUAAAAGAAUCCAUUCUCACGGCGAUUGACAACGUCGAAAGUGAUAUCGAAAAUUUAUCCAGGCUUAGGCGAAGUGAUGAUAUGAAUUCAUUUUGGGCGAACAGGGGUAGAGAUAGCACAUUGAAAUUCUUACCAAGUGCUCCAGUAAAAAGCAAAACCUUACUGGCUCCAAAUUCUGAGACUGUACACGACAGCAGGAUCUAUGCUGAACAACCUAAAUUUAUUUUAGUCGAACGGAAUAGUCGGUCAUCAGCCGAAGAAGAUCCUUACUUCAUAUCAAGAGGUAAAAAGUAUUACCUUAAUUACAAUCUAAUUAAAGCAGCGAGGGACCGACGUGGCGCAAUAGAGGAAAUUGUCAAAUCUGUCCGAAACGACCCAUAUUACAUUGCGCGGGGUAAAAAACGUCGGGAAGAUGCAAGAGUUAAUAAUGCUACUAAGCAUGAAGAAAUGCAAAAGAUCAAAGAUCUUGUAUGUUCUGCUAUUGAUUUGAUAACGAUUAAUACUCCAAAUGACAAAGUAAAGAGAGAAAUAAAUGAGAAUGAGAGGGACAGAAGAACGAUUUUGAAGAAACUAGCGGCGCAGUUGCAAAUCGAUCCGUAUUUUGUGAGUAGGGGAAAGAAAAACGAGGAAAAUGGUGAUAAAGAUUAUUUAUACGCUUUCAUUAACGAUGUAGCUGAGAAAUGUGAUUAUUAAGAUUAUAAAAUUCUAGUUGCUGCAUAAAGUGAAAAUAAAAAAGUUGGUAUUAUUUUGUUAGCUGUAGAAGAGAAUAUAAUAUUUCAAGCAUUGUAUUAGAUUAUUCAUGGAAUCUGAUUGAAUAAAAUGUGAAUUGUUUAACUGAUUCUA